CAUGUUGAUGUUCAAUUAUCCGUAUCAGCCACCUACUUUGAAAAGCUUGGUUAGGAACGGGCCGAGUUCCAAUAAAAUAAUCAAUUUCCGCAGGCCAAGAAGAGGAAUAGCGGUAAUGGAAGAUACCCAGAUUCAGAGUAUAGAUCCAGAGACACAAUUUCUCGCUUCAAAACAAGAAACUGGGAAUGAGUGGGAACUCUUCAAGGAAAACGUUAGGCCUUUGAAGAGAGGCCGCAACAUUCGUCUGCUUAACCACUCCCUUGCCUCACACAACGACAUUCAACUAAAGAAGUCUCUGCUUGAUAAUCGAAGGAGACUGAUUGAAGCCAUCGAUGAGUACCAAGGAGAUGAUCCUCUACACCCAUGGAUCCAGUGUAUAAAAUGGGUUCAAGAGGCUUUUCCAGCUGGGGGAGACAGUUCAGGAUUGGUCGUGCUAUACGAACAGUGUGUUCGCACGUUUUGGCAUUCAGAACGUUACAAGGAUGAUCUCCGCUACCUUAAAGUUUGGCUAGAAUAUGCUGAAAACUGUGUUGACGCGGAAGUAAUUUACAGUUUCCUAGACGCCAAUGAUAUUGGGAAGACGCAUUCCGCAUACUACAUAGCCUAUGCUUUGCAUAUGGAAUCCAAGUCUAAGAUGAAAGCUGCAAAUGACCUAUUCAGCCUCGGAAUAUCAAGGAAUGCUCAACCAACAGAAAAAUUGAAGGAUGCCUACAAAAAAUUUCUUGUACGCUCAAUGAGAAGACCAAAAGCUGCUGACGAGGACUUGGAAGAAAAUCACUUGCCAGCCAGAAGCUUUGGAACCGUCCUGGCUAGGGAAGAUAAUCGAAGGCAGACUAUACAGAGCACUGAUCAGCAGAGGAAAAAGUUGAAGACAAAUGGGAGUAAAGAAGCUUCAUUUCAUAUUUACAAAGAUACAAAAGUUGAUGUCAUGUCAAGUCAUCAACCAGAUAAGUCAAAGAUAGAUCAUUGUUCCUGGCACACUCUUGGAGUUAAAGCUGAGAGAAACAAAGAAAAUAAUGCAGUACCUGUCAAGUGGACUUCGUACAAGAUUCCACAAAGGUCUGUGUCUAGAGUUGGAGGGGCAACUGCAAGUAACCAUAUUGAAGUGUUUAUUGAUGAAGAAUGUGCAGAAACACAUGAGACACAUCACGAGCAGGGUGAACAUAGCAAGUCUUCAACUUUAAAGGCUAAGCAGGGGGAUGGCCAAGAUAUUAAAAGGGAAACAGAGCUGUUGAGGAAGAACCCGUUACGCAAUUUCCCUCCUAACAGCCUUCCUAGAUGAUUUUAUUUCACGGCCAUUCUUCAUGAAGACUGACACUGAGCAUGGGGUUAGCUUUUGUCUCUAAAGCCUGAUCCAUCUUAAUUUUAUGAAACAAUAUGAAUGUGCUGCGCAUGCUUGUUGGAGUUUGUUGCUUUGUUACCUAUGUAGUAAUGAACUUUGUUGCUUUGUUUUCUUGAGUUUGAAUCUUGUACAUUUUGCUUGCCACAAGCACAGUAUUUCUUUGUUGGAGUUAUCUUCUUGAUUCAUUA